UUCAGCCGGUUUCCAAGGAAGUUCUCUUUCCAUCCGGGACAGUGGAGGCUGAACAGUAAUGGCUGACGACCGAGAGGGACUGAACUGCAGGGUUUGAAACCAGAUGACUUUCACUUGAUGUCAAGAAACAUCGAUUUUCAAAAUGUCUAAAACCAAAAGCUCCGAGUCUGUGAAGGUUGUCGUCAGAUGUAGGCCGAUGAAUGAGAAAGAGGUUGCUGCUAACUUUGAGCGAAUGGUGUCUGUGGAUGUGAAACUAGGGCAAGUCUCUGUGAAGAAUCCCAGGGGAGCACCAAGUGAACUUCCCAAGACAUUCACAUUUGAUUCCGUGUACGACUGGAAUUCCAAGCAGGUUGACCUCUAUGAUGAGACCUUUAGACCCUUGGUGGAUUCUGUCCUUCUGGGUUUUAAUGGAACCAUCUUUGCAUAUGGCCAGACAGGAACUGGCAAAACCUACACUAUGGAAGGAGUGCGUAAUGACCCAGAGAGAAGAGGAGUCAUCCCUAACUCUUUUGAGCAUAUAUUUACACACAUAUCUAGGUCCCAGAACCAGCAGUACCUUGUCAGAGCGUCAUAUUUGGAAAUAUACCAAGAGGAGAUCAGAGACUUAUUAUCAAAAGACCAGGCCAAAAGACUUGAGCUAAAGGAAAGGCCAGAUACAGGUGUUUAUGUCAAAGACCUGUCAUCUUUUGUCACCAAAAGCGUGAAGGAAAUUGAGCACGUCAUGAACGUCGGAAAUCAGAACCGAUCUGUGGGAGCCACCAACAUGAACGAGCACAGCUCCAGGUCACAUGCCAUCUUUGUCAUCACCAUUGAGUGCAGUGAGUUAGGCUUGGAUGGGGAAAAUCACAUCAGAGUGGGAAAGCUCAACCUGGUGGAUCUAGCGGGCAGUGAACGUCAAACUAAAACAGGAGCGCAGGGUGAGAGGUUGAAAGAAGCCACCAAGAUCAACCUGUCUCUGUCAGCAUUGGGAAAUGUAAUCUCUGCCCUGGUGGAUGGCAAGAGCACCCAUAUCCCAUACCGUGACUCCAAACUUACCCGUUUGCUUCAGGACUCCUUGGGUGGUAACGCCAAGACAGUCAUGGUGGCCAACAUCGGCCCGGCCUCAUACAACGUAGAAGAGACUCUCACAACUCUGCGGUAUUCCAACCGGGCAAAGAACAUCAAGAACAAGCCACGAGUGAAUGAAGACCCGAAGGACGCCCUUUUGCGGGAGUUCCAGGAGGAGAUAGCUCGCUUGAAGGCUCAGCUGGAGAAGAGAUCGGGCAAGAGGAGGCGGAAGAGACACAGGCGACAUGUGGGCGAGGGGGGAGAGGAGCUGGGUGAGGAGGAAGAGGAGGAGGAGGAGGAGGAUGGGGAGGAGGGAACGGAAGAUGACAAAGAUGACACAGAUUACUGGCGAGAACAACAGGAGAAGCUGGAGAAGGAGAAGAAGGCCAUCAUGGAAGACCACAGCUUGAUAGCAGAGGAAAAACUGAAGCUGCUCAAGGAGAAGGAGAAGAAGAUGGAUGACCUGAAAAGGGAAAAGGAAGCGGGUGAGAUGCUGGCUGCCAAAGUGAAGGCCAUGGAGAGUAAACUCCUUGUGGGAGGUAAAAAUAUUGUUGAUCAUACAAAUGAACAACAGAAAAUACUGGAGCUGAAACGACAAGAAAUUGCAGAACAGAAACGAAGAGAGCGGGAGAUGCAGCAGCAAAUGGAAUCUCGGGACGAAGAGACUUUGGAGCUGAAGGAAACCUACAGCUCCCUGCAGCAGGAGGUGGACAUCAAAACAAAGAAAUUGAAAAAGCUGUUUGCAAAGCUACAGGCAGUUAAAGCUGAGAUCCAUGAUCUACAGGAAGAGCACAUUAAAGAAAGACAAGAACUGGAGCAGACUCAGAAUGAGCUGACUAGGGAACUGAAGCUCAAACACCUUAUCAUUGAGAACUUCAUCCCAAUGGAAGAAAAGAACAAAAUUAUGAACAGGGCAUUUCUCGAUGAUGAGGAUGAUCACUGGAAGUUGCGUCCCAUAACUCGGAUUGAGGAUAAUCAACAGAUGAUGAUCAGGCCCAUCUCUGCUGUGGGCUACAAGCGGCCCCUGAGUCAGCAUGCAAGAAUGUCGAUGAUGAUGAGACCUGAAGCUAGAUACAGGGCCGAGAAUAUCCUCCUGCUGGAGCUGGAUCUGCCCAGUCGCACCACAAGAGACUACGAGGAGCCGGCCAUCGCCCCCAAAGUGGCGGCGGCGCUGGAAGCUGCGCUGCAGGACGAGGCUGAGAUUCAGGUGGAUGCGUCGACUUUCGAAAGCUUUGGCAACAGGAAAUUAAAGUCCAGACUGAAAACAGGAAAGAAGGCCAGCACCCCGACCUCAUCGUCUUCCCCUGGGAGCGCCGGAAGUCCCUUGUACCCCCAGUCCCGCGGGCUUGUCCCCAAAUGAACCUGUCACGUUUCUUUAUAAGGCCCUGUAUUAAACUGUAAAGGGCAGACAGGGAAGCACUGGUUUGACUUAAUUUUUUUAACUGAUGCAACUGAAAUCUACUAUUUUAUUUACCUUCUGCAUUUUCACUUUAAAGGGUUUUUGUAGGAUCCCUGGAAGAAAAUUGACUCUUGAAUUUACUGUAACACACUGCAAAUAUAAAAAAACAUACCUGCCAUUAAUGGGAGGGAUAAAAACUGGUGACAAUUUGCAGACUUUUUUUAAUAUUGUAAUGCAGGCACUCACAUCAAAAUAACAAUGCACUGAAGUCAGUUUUUGCAUUCCUUUCAAAUGCAAUAUAAUUUUUGCAAGAGUUAGAAGAAAAACAAUUGCGUAGUUUAAACGUUGUGUUGGUAUGUCCCUAGAACUGUAUCCUUUUUGAAAAAGGAUUAUCCUUUUUAAAAAUAUGAGGCAGUAUUCAGAGGAGCUGUUGACACUGUCAGCUGGGCUAGACAGGAAGAAUCAACUUAGUCUGUAUCAGCCUUUUCAGAUAAAAGAAAUAUGAAUUUGUUCAGCAGUCUUAAACUUUCCAUCUGUGAAGUACUACAAGCACUCUCAUGGUCUUUCAUUACUUUAAUCACAACAAUGCAGACCAGAUCGGAGUAUCCUAUUUCUUUAUUUUAGUAUAUCACAAAUGCUUCUGAAAAUAGCAGUAAAUAAUUAAGAAAUGCGUUCUGGUAGGAUCGGGAUAAAGAUAUAUUCAUUGCAUUGUAGUUCUCAUUUGAGACAAGCUGGCUUGGGAUAACUGUGGUACCUUAAAGACCUAUUUUAAAAAUACCAAAUUUAAAAAUCUGUACACUAAAUAUAUAAGGACUUUGUGGUGCCUUAUAAAUGGGUAGGACCUUUAGAUUGUUGGAUAUCAUGAGACAGCAUGAAGUAUUUGUCUUGAAGGCAAGUAGACUGUGGAACAUAGGCCCUGACGUUGUUCCCUCCUGGGAAUUCAGUGUUCUGUGCCCCCAGUUAAAGAACCCUGUCAUGUAAUGCAUCCACAAUAAGACCUCUGCAACUUUGGAGUAACCCCUGUGCCCUCUGGAUAGUGCCACUGCUUGCUGCUAUUAUGAUACAUUUCUUCCUGUAUAACUUGCAUACACUUCAUGUAUAUAAAGGAAUGGAUACUUUGCAUAGAAUGUUGAGGUGUAAAAAAAAAA